UUGUUAGAUAAGGGACUGAUCACCCACUCCCGGAACGUUUCAAUUCUGGGUCUGGACCUCCUGAAAGCUAGGCAAGAACAUGCUUUGAUUAAAGAGGAAAAGUAGAGAAAAAGAGGAAAAAGACUACGUUAAUGAUGAAUGUGACUCAAAAUGCUGAUUCCCUCUAUUAAUUAGAAGGUCACGGCAAACAUACUCUUUGCAAGACCAUCGUUAGCCUUAUUUAAGUGUUGAAUUUCCUCUUUGAGUACCUCCACAAAAAACUUCUUAGAUGUACUAGAGUGGUAGAGUACAGAGUAUAUGACAGCUUCUUCCUUUAUCAUUCUCUCUUCUUCCAUCAUACCAACUGGUAAAUCUGGUGUCUCUUUUACAGUCCAAAAACCUCCAUAAAUCUAGAUAUGAGAAAUAAGUUUUCUGCUUUGUCAUAGGCAUUUUGUUCAAUUUACAUCGAUAUUGCUGGUCUUAGUCCCUCUUGUUAAUCUGCUGCAAAAGUUCGAAAAGAAUAACAUGGCAACCCUGCACUCUUUUGAUGUAGCUAAGGGUUUCUCUGCUGAUGAUGAGCAUCUAGUGAGAGCUGGAACCGUAUGGACUUCUGUGGCUCAUAUCGUUACUGCUGUUAUUGGCUCUGGAGUUCUUUCACUGGCAUGGGGUACUGCACAGUUAGGAUGGAUUGGAGGACCAGUUUCCUUGCUUUGUUUUGCAUUAGUCACCUAUGUUUCUUCUUUCCUCCUUUCUGAUUGUUACAGAUCCCCUGACUCUGUAACAGGGAAGAGAAAUCGCUCUUAUAUUGAAGCUGUCAGAGUGAAUCUUGGUAAAAAGCAGACAUGGGUUUGUGGUCUGCUUCAAUAUUUGAACUUGUAUGGGGCCGAUGUUGCUUAUGUAAUUACUACUGCAACAAGUUUGAGAGCAAUUCAGAAGUCAAAUUGUUAUCACAAAGAAGGGCAUCAAGCUGCAUGUGGAUAUGGAGAUGGUCUAUAUAUGCUGCUAUUUGGAGGUAUACAGAUUGUAGUGUCACAAAUACCUGAUUUCCAUAACAUGGAAUGGCUUUCAGUAGUUGCUGCAAUCAUGUCCUUUGCCUAUUCUUUUAUUGGACUUGGACUCGGCUUUGCAAAAGUAAUAGAAAAUGGGACAAUCAAAGGGAGUAUUUCAGGAGUUCAAACCUCCAAUGUGGCUGACAAAUUAUGGUUAUCCUUCCAAGCCCUUGGGGAUAUUGCUUUUGCCUAUCCAUACGCAAUUAUCCUUCUUGAGAUUCAGGAUACCGUAAAGUCCCCUCCACCAGAAAACGAGACCAUGAAGAAGGCUUCGUUGAUCGCAGUCUUAGUAACAACCUUUUUCUACCUCUGCUGUGGAUGUUUUGGAUAUGCAGCCUUUGGGAGUGAUACACCAGGGAACCUCUUGACAGGAUUUGGAUUUUAUGAACCUUACUGGCUCAUUGAUUUUGCUAAUGCUUGCAUUGCUCUCCAUUUGGUGGGAGGAUAUCAGAUUUACUGUCAACCAAUAUUUGCAGUUGCUGAAAGAUGGUGUAGCCAAAAAUUCCCAAACAGUGCAUUUGUGAAUAACUUCUACACCAUCAAACUCCCAUUACUACCAGGAUUUCAAUUAAGUCCGUUCAGACUAUGUUUCAGAACUGUUUAUGUUUUGUCCACUACUGGAAUUGCAAUGCUUUUUCCUUAUUUCAACCUAGUUUUGGGUGUCUUAGGGGCAUUGAACUUUUGGCCUAUGGCUAUAUACUUCCCUGUGGAAAUGUACAUUGUACAGAAGAAAAUUGGGGCCUGGACAAGAAAAUGGACUGUUCUUAGGAUAUUUAGUUUCAUUUGCUUUCUUGUGACAGUAGUGGGCUUAGUUGGAUCAAUUCAAGGACUUGUAAGUGCCAAAUUGAGUUGAUUGUGGAGCAGUUCAAGGACUUAUGAGGGCCAAAUUGAGUUGAUUGUUUACUUUAACAUAUAGAUGUACUUUGGUCAGAAGAAAAUUGGGGCUUGGACAAGAAAAUGGAUUGUUCUUAGGAUAUUUAGUUUCAUUUGCUUUCUUGUGACAGUAGUGGGCUUAGUUGGAUCAGUUCAAGGACUUAUAAGUGCAAAGUUGAGUUGAUUGUGGAUCAGUUCAAGGACUUAUAAGUGCCGAAUUGAGUUGAUUGUUUACUUUAGCAUAUAUACAUACAUAUAUAUAUACACACAUAUAUAUAUAUAUAUGUAUACUUAUGUUUGUAUGUCCUUCAUAAGUACAAAUAAAUCCAUUGUGACACUUGUGGUUUGAUUA